UUACAGUAAUGAAAGGCGCAUUUGAGUGGUGUAAAGUGGAAACCGCAAUCGGCAAGCUGGAAAGAAAAGGCAGCCUUUCUGCACCACUCCCUGCCUUAUCGCCCCAUUUCCGUUCCAACAUUUGUCACAGAUUAGUAGUAUAUGCUUUCAACAAUGGAAGAUUAGAAAGCGCCAGUGUGCGCACGUUAGCACCCAACCCCAUGGAUUCCUCUCCCCCAAUUCGUAAGGGAAGGAAACUAUAACGGAGGAGGGGGCAAUAAACAAUAAGAAAAUGUUGCGGAUAACGAGAUUCUCGGGGUUUUUCUCCGCCGCAAUGUUCGUGACUGUUCUUGUUAUUCUCUCCCCCUCCUUCCAAUCCGAAGCCAUUCGAUCCUCCCACCGAUUUUCCUUCCGGAAAGCCCCUCCUUUCCGCAAUGCCGCCGAAUGCGCUUCUGUUUCCGGCCAAACCACCACCGUCUGCGACCCUUCCUUGGUCCACGUGGCCAUAACCCUCGACGUCGACUACCUCCGCGGCUCAAUCGCCGCCGUGCACUCCAUCCUCCACAACUCCCUCUGUCCGGAGAACAUCUUCUUCCAUUUCCUCGUCUCCGACACCAACCUCCAAACCCUAGUUGAGUCCACGUUCCCAAACCUGAAAUUCAACAUCUAUUUCUUCGAUCCGAACGUCGUCGCUCACUUGAUCUCUUCCUCCGUGCGGCAGGCGCUGGAGCAGCCUCUCAAUUACGCGAGAAAUUACCUCGUUGACCUUCUGGAGAGUUGCGUGGAGAGGGUGAUUUACUUGGACUCCGAUCUGGUGGUAGUGGAUGACGUGGCGAAACUGUGGAGCGCGAGUCUGGACUCGCGUGCCAUCGGCGCGCCGGAGUACUGCCACGCGAACUUCACCAAGUAUUUCACGGCGGGGUUCUGGUCUGAGUCGAGGUUGUCGGGGACGUUCGCGCAGCGGAGGGCGUGCUACUUCAACACGGGGGUGAUGGUGAUGGAUCUGGUGAAGUGGAGGAAGGAAGGAUACACGAAGAGAAUUGAGCGUUGGAUGGAGAUUCAGAAGAGUGAUAGGAUCUAUGAGCUUGGUUCUCUGCCGCCGUUUUUGCUGGUGUUCGCGGGACACGUGGCACCCAUUGAGCACCGGUGGAACCAGCACGGGUUGGGCGGGGAUAACGUGAAGGGUAGUUGCCGUGACUUGCACCCUGGUCCGGUUAGUUUGUUGCAUUGGUCCGGUAGCGGUAAGCCAUGGCUCCGUUUAAGCUCCAAACGGCCUUGCCCUCUGGAUUCUCUAUGGGCUCCUUUUGACUUGUAUACACACCCAUCGUCUUAACUAAUUCUUGCUGCAUGCUACAUACAUACAUUCAUUAGUCAUUCCUGAUUUGAAAAUAAAUUGUUGAAUUUUAUUAAGUUAAGUUUGUUUAUUAUAAUAAAUACUAAUUGUUAGAAGAAAAAAUAAAUAUUUAGAGAACACUAGCUGGUUAUAUAUGUUGAAGCCGUCGUAAUUAGAUUCAGGUGUCUAGUUUGUAAAAGUUAUUGUUAGUACUGUUCUGGCU